CAAAUUAAUAUUCUACUUUACUAUCGUUAUCAGAAAUGAUAUUAUUUAUCCCUUAAUGCCUACGCAAGUUGGAUCUAAAAAUCAUGUCUAUGAUAUAAGAACCAGAACAUAGAUAUCGUCAAUCCACAGAGUCUCGAUUCGCUUGUAAAGUUUAUGAAUAGUAGGAUUCGAUUCGAUAGCUAACAUCAUGAGGGGUAUCAUCGCAUUAGUGACUUAUUUGGUAGUUUGCGUUUCGUCUAUGCCGUCGAUGGCGCCCUUCCACAGGGUCAAGGAAGCAGUUCCAGACAGUUAUAUCAUUGUUUUGCACGCUAAUGCCGAUACAUUGAAAGUGUCUGCUGAACUCAAGUUUCUUGUCCAAACUGCUGAUCUAGAUUUUGGCGUCGAUCGUAUGUAUAAAACCGUACUCAAUGGAUUUGCUGUGUCAAUGCCGCCAGCCGCUGUAGAUAUGGUGCGACGACAUCCCUCUGUGAAAUAUAUGGAGCAAGACAGCGUGGUACAUGUGAUGGAUGAGACAUGGGGUCUUGAUAGAAUCGAUCAACGGGGGCUUCCCCUCGACCACACAUUCCUCCCAGAGGGGAAUGGUGCUGGUGCACAUGUAUAUGUCAUCGACACAGGCAUCCUUUCGACCCAUGAAGAAUUUGAAGAAAGGGCUCAUUUUGCUUACGACGCAACAAAUAACGACAGAGGAAGUGGAACAGAUUGCAAUGGGCAUGGAACUCACUGCGCCGGUACAAUUGCGGGCAAACGAUAUGGCGUUGCUAAGAAAGCUAACGUGUACGGCGUAAGGGUUCUAGGGUGCCUUGGAUCCGGUACUAACGCCGGUGUUAUUGAAGGAAUGGACUGGGUUGCACAAAACGCACAAAAGCCUGCAGUCGCAUCGAUGUCCCUUGGUGGCGGAGCAACGACAACAACGGACGAUGCCGUGGACCGACUUACUGAUAAAGGUAUCACUGUGGUCGUCGCUGCUGGUAAUAGUAAUGAGGACGCCUGUUUGAGCUCCCCUGCAAGAGCUUCCAGUGCGAUUACUGUUGGAGCAUCAAACAUCAAGGACGCUCGCGCCUCUUUCUCCAACUACGGAGGGUGUGUUGAUUUGUUUGCACCCGGAAGAGACAUUACCAGCUCAUGGAAUGAAGAUGAUUCGUCCUAUAAUACUAUUAGCGGUACAUCCAUGGCUUGUCCACACGUUGCAGGUGUUGCCGCGCUGCACGUCUCUAGAGACCCAUCACAAACACCAAGAGAGGUCACAGCUAGCAUACUUAGCGAAGCAUCAAGAGAUCAAAUUUUUGACCCCAUGGGAUCCCCAAAUCUUCUUCUAUACACUCGGGAUCGCUAAAAAUAAGGAUGCGGGCAUUACAUUGGCCUAUACCACGUACAUAUCAGCACUGGAAGUAGGCCUAACCUGGCCUGACAGAGAGGCAUCAUAGAGAGUUUAUCUGCCGCUAUGAAUGACCAAUGUACCUUUUAAUGAAACACACAAAUAUCCCGGAUUAAAUAAUAAUGAAUUACAGUAUAUAUAAACCAUAGUGAGUGCACUAUGACAUCUUUUUAAAUAUGACUAAAGAACACUUUAAAUAAUGGAGUCAAAUUGAUCAGAGAAAACUGAAAUUUAAUACCCUUUAAUUAUUAUUAAAAAGCUUAUAAAAUAAUAAGAGUUUGUGAUUGAAAAUUGCAAUAAAACAUGAAGAAAGUAUCUUGGCGUAUUAACAGUUCUUAGUUCUUAAAUGAGAAAUAUCAUCUGCUGACGUCGCAAAAUCAUUGAGUGAUAUUAUAAAACACGGCCCACAUCAAAGAUUUUAUAAUAACAAGAUAUCGUUCUCCGCGAUUUCUGCGUGCAAAUUCUGCAAUAACGCGGUGUAGGACGCCCUCUUGCAAUUACAAUUACUUUUGAACUUUGACAUCUAUUAUCUCCCUGCAAAUUCUUGAACAACCGCCAUAUUAACAACUAGGACGCCUUUUCUCAAUUACAAUUACUUUCUAUUACUUUCUGCGUGAAUUGAACGCUUAUUUUUUACACGCAAACCGCUUCAGUAUAAGUUUAGUUGAGUUUAGUCAGAGUUUUGUGACACUCAAAGAUUAUUAAUCCACCCGGAGUACAUUUUUCCCCAUAGAAUCCAGUCAGAUCAAAUCUGUGCAUGCAUGUUGAUAUUUUUUUUCAAUUGUAAUGUUUUUUUAUUUAAUGGUUUACAUGAAGAUAUGACUAAAAGCAAUGAGCCACUAUACUUACAAUAUCGAGACUGCUUUUGUGGACGCGCGCCCGUUCUGGAGUUUGGUUUAUUAUGUUUAUUAUUCGGAAAUCGAGGGCGCUAUAUCAGUUUAUAAAAAGCUAGAUCUAUGUUUUAUAGGCCUCUUAGUAAUUUACGUAUUCGGAAUCCUUUUAUUGUACGUCCAAAAUCACAUUGGAAAUACACAACAGAAAAAAACCCCAAAAACAAAAGAACAAAUUGUAAAAUCGAAUACAAAUCAGUGCUAACAUAUACUUCUCUAUUUUAUAGAAAAACACACUGCUGAAUAACGAUAGUGAUAAUGAUAAUGUUAUUUUUCGAUGUGUUUGCGUCAGGAAAAUAUCAUAGGCCUAGGCCUAACUGUGGUGUUUUGUGCCCUACCUGACGUGUUAUUGUACUAACACUCAGUACGUUUCUAAAUACUUGCGAAAAAAAAUUGCAAGUUAUUCUGGUGGGAAACGAACCCACUGACUCCAGAUAACUCCCGGUGUCACCAGUACUAGGCCACCGAGCUUGCGCUUAUAUUAGUAACUAGUGUUGAAUCCGAUCCUCGAGUAGCAGCGGAUCAGGUAUGGUAAAAAAACAUCACUCGUAUGAUAUUUUCUGACGCAGACACAUCGAAAGAAUAGGCUCCAAGCGGUAGCGUGUAUCUACUGCUUUUUUACAUGUGUGUAGUUUUAAGUGACUUUUAAAGUGACCUUUAAUGAACUUUCAAGGACAGGUCUUAAUAUGUAGCAUUGUGUUUGGUAAUUCAAUUCGUUGAUAACUUUAAUGUAGGACAGGUCUUAGUAUGGCAUCAUAUUUCGCAGACUUGCUUCUUUUUUUUUUUUAGCUCAGGGCUCAUCCCAUCAUUCUUCUAUAAUGAUGAUGAUCAUAAUAAUGAUGAUGUGAUAAAAUAUACAAUGAGUAAUAGUACUUUAUUUAGUCUCACCUUUGUGUUUUAGCAUAAGUAAAGAAACAAGAAAACAAGAGACAUUACUCAAUGGUUACAGUAGUCUUAUAUAACGUUUUCUACGUCAUGUAGCGGUGGAUCUAUUCACCUUCACGGUGAAUUCGACGCUAGUCCCUAAGUGCAAGUUCAGUGGUCUAAUGGAUGACACCAGGCUAGUUAUCUGGAGGUCGUGGGUUCGAUUCCCACGCGAAUCAUUUGCGAUUUGUUCGCAAGUAUUUUGGAACAUAUUGAGUAUUUACGAUAACUCGUCAGGUAGGCAAAAACGUCAAUCACGAUGUUAUAGAUAAUGACAAUGAUGAUGGGGAUGAUAAUUAUACAAAUAAUGAUGAUAAUGAUCAUAAUAAUGAUGAUGUGAUAAAAUAUACAAUGAGUAAUAGUA